AUGGCGACUGUAACAGGAAAUUUUCGCCAUCAGGAUUACACGGUAGCAUGGAUCUGUGCCCUUCCCUUGGAGAUGACCGCGGCUGCGGCCAUGCUGGACGAGAGACAUGACGAUUUGCCAGCGAGGCCGAACGAUAGUAACGCGUACAUCCUAGGUCGGAUAUAUGGUCAUAAUGUGGCUAUUGCAUGCCUUCCAUCAGGUGUUUACGGUACAACCUCCGCCGCAACAGUAGCUACACAAAUGCAGUCCACUUUCGAAUCGAUACGCUUCGGUCUCAUGGUAGGCAUCGGAGGGGGGGUUCCAAGCGGAAAGGUUGAUAUUCGGCUGGGUGAUGUGGUGGUUAGCAAGCCGACAAGGGACUCAGGAGGGGUCAUACAGUACGAUUAUGGGAAAACAGUGACCGGUGGCAGCUUUGAACGCACUGGCGUAUUGAAUAAGCCACCACCGGUGCUUUUAGCAGCGGUCUCGAGACUACAAGCAGAGCAUGGAUUGGAGCCAAGCAGAAUUCCUGCUCUUCUUUCGGAAGCGGUAACUAGGAAGCCCAGGAUGAGGGAGAGCUUCGCAUAUCGUGGUGAAGAUCAGGAUGUAUUAUUUGAUUCUGAAUAUGACCAUCCUGAUUUUGAAAAUACUUGCAAUAAAUGCAAUACAAGAAGACUCGUAACACGACCUUCCCGGGCUAGUCAUGAUCCAGUUAUCCAUUACGGUCUGAUUGCUUCCGGCAACCAAGUGAUGAAGCAUGGCUGCAGCAGGGAUAACUUGGCCCAAGAACUCGACGUUCUCUGCUUUGAAAUGGAGGCAGCUGGCUUGAUGGACAACUUCCCGUGCCUCGUGAUUCGAGGGAUCUGUGACUAUUCUGACUCGCAUAAAAACAAGCAGUGGCAAGAAUAUGCAGCAGCAACGGCAGCUGCUUAUGGCAAAGAGCUUCUCUCCGUGGUUCAUGCAAGCCAUGUGGUGGACACUCUGCCAGCCGGCUCAAUUACCGACAUGUCCUACUACAAAGGAAAGCCAUCGUCUAAGGCGAAGUUUUCCAAUAGUGAAAUAGCUCGAAAUGAUGGCCGAGAUGUUGAGGGCCUACUCGAGCGGAUUUCAAGUUAUGAUCACGAGAGAAUCCAUCGAAGACUUACUCAGAAACGACUCACUGGCACCACGCACUGGUUCCUCGAUCACCCAGAUUUCAAAGCGUGGUUCACUGAGAAGAGAAUUUCCAGUUUGUGGUGCUCCGGAAAGAUUGGCUCGGGCAAAACGAUGAUAGCGUUCGUCUCCCAGUUCUCUUACUUUCGAUAUCAUGAUUUUAAUAAUCAUAGAACCGCAGUGAUAGAUGCAGCGAAAUAUGACCUCGGCUGUCCCACCGUAUUUUUCUAUUGCGAUAAUGAACAUCCCGCAGCACUCGACGCGUCGUCUAUUCUCUCCAGUUUCAUUAAGCAACUCUGUGAAUUCCUGCGUCGGACGUACAGUACUUAUCUAAAAGAUGUCACAGGAGAGAUAUGGAAGUUCUUUGGACACGAGAGGGUUCAGCCAGACCUUGAGGACCUGAAGGAGAUUUUUAUUGGCCUUUUCCGCCAGGUGUCGGACGUCAUUUAUGUCGUUGAUGGAGUUGACGCUCUAGAUCAGGAACAUGCCAAAUCCCUUUUGAAGUUCAUCCAGUCACUGUUCCGUGAUUCCAAACCCUGGAAAGGAUCGCGGAUUUUGUUGCUAAGCAGAGACCAAGUUCCGGGAUACGUCAACAUCACCACUUUCAUACCUGGAAUUCGUCAGAUCUCGACAUCAGCUAAUGUAAUGCAGGAUAUUGAGACUUAUAUCGAAUCAAGCAUUACCGAUAAGACUAUGUACCGAAAACUUACUGAUGAUCCUCUACUGAUAGGCGAUAUUCAGCGGAUACUUCUGGCAGAGUCGUCGGGAAUGUUUCUGUGGGUAUAUCUCCAGCUGGAGAUUCUUUGGGAUACAUGCCAUACAAAUUCAGAAAUACAGUCCGCAUUAGCUGCACUGCCAAAGGACUUGGAAGAAACAUAUGGCCGUUGUAUAGAGAGAAUCAAUCACAAGGACAGCCGUGUUCUCAAGGUACUCAAAUGGGUUAGCUUUGCGACCAUUCCGCUUCAUGUCGAGGAAUUGAGAGAAGCUGUCGCCUUUGACUUAGGAGACACUGCAUGGAACACUGAGAAGAUGCCACAAAAAGAAUUUGUUAUCGGCUGCUGUGCAAACCUUGUUGUUGUGGAUUCGAUUGACAACCGUGUCCGCUUUGCACAUUCCUCAGUUAAACAAUAUCUCGAGAAAGGACGAGAAAGGAACAUUAUCCAAGGGUAUCCAACCACGGAACAGGGCGUUCUAGAGUGCGGAGAAUUCUGUGUUGCUUAUCUUUCUUUUUCAGACUUUAGUCUUCAACUAAGCACGCGAAGGAACGAAACAGCGGUAGUUGCUGUUCCACCCCCCUUUUUACUUGCGCAAGGAACUCUCCCUGGAUUAUUGACCAGACGCUUGUUCCAAAACCCUCGGAAUCAGAAGCGUUCCGUUUCCGUGCCAUUCCGCACAGGCACAGCACCAACACCAGAUCGGACUCGUUAUAAAUUUCUCGAUUACGCUGUCACAAACUGGGCCUUGCAGACUAAACAGAUACCUCAUACAUCAUUAAUGUGGGAGAAGUUCGAAGGACUCGCGACGUGUUUCAAUGAAACUUGGAAUUUCCACCCUUGGGUCUCUGGCGGCCGUUCGGAAUCAUCUCGUCUCCACGGUAUCUUUGGAUGGGCAGUGAAGGAGCAACACCAGCCUCUUCUUUCAAUUGCACGGGCUGCUGGACCCAAACUCCUGCGUGUUUCUAAUGUUCCUGUAAUUGGCGAGGGCCUUCCUGCACUUCAUAUUGCAUCCAAAUUUGGAUAUGGAACCAUAGUCAGGAGUCUUAUGGAUCUCUGCAACGCAAAUGUGCUAGACCUACAAGGAUACACUGCCUUGCACCAUGCAGCUAGCAGAGGCCAUAUUGAAAUAUGCCAAUUGCUUUUAAGCGCGCAGGGGAUAAAGGUGAACGCGACAUCAAAUUCUCAAUAUACACCACUCUGGCUUGCUGCGAUGGUGAAGCUGCUGAUUGAGAAGGGUGCCGACCCAAGCUCAGCAUAA